AUGGGUUUCGAGAUUUGCAAAUUGGCACCCUGCCCGUUGCUCAAGACGACCGGAGUGAAGCUCCCACAGCAGCCCUACAAAUGCUACAACUGUCAGAACCGACUGUCGAGCUCAAACCUUCGGCCGGUGUCGUCGCAAGGAUGCUCCUCUUCGUCGACUGGAAGUUUAGAUUCCAACUCUUCGGGCUCCUCUGUGACCCCGCCAUCAUCUCCAAUAUCUCGAGUGCACUCGAAAUUUGCAGCCCCUCUGCCAGGCGUGGCUUGCCAACCUUCAGAAUGUGGGGAGUUGGGACGCCGGUUUAGUCGCUCGCAAUCAUUCUCCUCCAAGGGGUUCCGCUUCUCAUGCACCUCGUCUUCGCACUACCCGACGCCCCAUUACAUGGGCCUGCCCACGUUCUUGCCUCACCAGGACCACCCUUGUCCGCCUUGUCAGUUGGAAGAAUUUCGCAUGGCUGCAGACAGAGAAGCUAUUGCAUCGGCACGAGCACAAUAUCCUCACCUCACGUGCGAGAUGCUGGUAAGAGAUGGGCGCAGAUGGGAAGAAUGGCAGACCAAGCCGACUCUGGAGAAGUUUGUCGAAGAGAAGCGGUCAGACGAGAAGCAGAUGUGGCUGCACGUCACGAGGAAGUGGACCCAGGAUCUGAAGAAGGUGCGAGUCCUGGUCUCCGAGGAGGAUGGAUUGGGAUUACUGGGAUGA